GAGCCGGACGCCGCGAUGUGCAUCGCCGCCAGUGUCGCCCGUACACGCCGCCGCUCAGCACCCACCCGCGACGCCGCGCACGACUCACAAAGCACGACACUCCACGUGCGUCAUCAUACAAACUCUCAAAAGUAUUCCCAAGUUACUUUCUUAGAUGAUUCCGAACCAAAUAACAACUUUAGCAAAACUUUUGCAUUGAGUUUCGUAGUGGUAGUAAAGUAGAGACGUAGUUGGUGAUGUGAUAUGGCUAAGCGGCGAGAGCUGAAGCGCUGUGGAAGGCAGAGCGCGGGCGCGCUGGUGGUGGCCGGGUGCGCGUGGGCAUGCGCGCUGAUCGCCGCCGCCGCCGCCGAUGCUCAUGCUGACGUUGACACCUCAACCGGGCUCGGAGACAAUACACUUACCAACUCAGUUGUGGAGGAGCCGGAGUUCACAGACGUGAUUCAGAACGUGACGGUGCCGGCUGGCCGCAGCGUCCGGCUGGCGUGCUCCGUCAAGAACCUCGGCUCUUAUAAAGUGGCAUGGAUGCACUUCGAGCAGUCGGCCAUCUUAACAGUACACAACCACGUGAUCACGCGCAACCCUCGGGUCAGCGUGACCCACGACAAGCACCGAACCUGGUUCUUGCACAUCUCGGAUGUGCGCGAGGAGGACCGCGGGAGGUACAUGUGUCAAAUCAACACUGUCACCGCUAAGACACAGUUUGGGUACCUACAUGUUGUCGUGCCGCCGACGAUCGACGACUCGCUGAGUUCCAGCGACGUUAUCGUCCGAGAGGGCGCCAACGUCACCCUGACGUGCCGCGCUAAUGGCUCCCCUAAGCCCACCAUCAAGUGGAAACGCGACGACAACUCAAAAAUAUCCAUCAGCAAAGGGCACACCGUUUCCGAGUGGGAAGGCGAGGUUUUGGAGAUGGCCCGUAUAUCACGGCUGGACAUGGGCGCUUACCUCUGCAUUGCUAGUAAUGGCGUUCCUCCCACUGUCUCCAAGCGGGUUAAAGUUAGCGUUGAUUUCCCUCCAAUGCUGUGGAUUCCUCAUCAAUUGGUUGGAGCGCCGCUAGCCUACAACGUUACCCUUGAAUGUUUCACCGAGGCUCAUCCGACAUCCCUCAACUAUUGGACUAGAGACGACGGCCACAUGAUACAUGAAAGCUCCAAAUAUCAUAUGGAAAACACUGUGGGUCAGCCUGCAUAUAAAACCCAUAUGAGACUGCUCAUCAGGCACAUCACGAGUGAAGACUACGGCACUUACAAAUGCGUGGCGAAAAAUCCACGAGGGGAGUCCGAUGGAACGAUCCGAUUGUACACCUCGUCGCCUCCGACGACCACCCCGGACCCCCGUGCCGUGACCGUGCCGCCUCCGUCCCGGCCGCCGCGGCGCGACACUCCUCUCUCUGACAAAGGAACAAAAUACCAAUCGAAUCUGAACGAGAUUGAUAAGGAGAAACAAAAGACGGACGAGGGUGGCGGGAAAACGCAUCUCAACUGGGUUGGUGCUCCACAAGUCACAGAUAAUGCUGAUUGGAGGAGAAGCCAUUUCAUUAUUUUGCUUUUAACAAUAAUACCCUUAUAUGUUUAAGAUAUCAGAUUUACAUACAAAUUCACACUGUCCAUUUUAUAUGUCUAAGAAAGCUUAGAGCUUAUACCAUGGUAGCGCUAAUGUAAACCAAAAGAUAAUUUAAUUUCACAAAAAAGUUGCUUAUUUCAAUUGAAGAAAGUCUAUCGGCAAAUCAUACAUACACCUAAGUAUAGUUAACUCCAUAAAUGCGAUGUUUUUAGAUCUUGUAGAGACAAGAUAAGUAGAGACUUAACUUCAGCUGACAUACCAACACGUAAUGUUAUUGCCAUCGACUGUACUGUACUAAUAAAGCCUCUUAGCCACUAGGACACGUGUCGCAAUACAAAUGGAGCAAUUUAUUGUACGGACAUCUAUGUCAAAUUGUGUCGACAUUCAUUCCCCAGUAACGGGGCAGGGAGGCAAUAACUUCCAUCGGUGGAUGUUUUUUUCAUACUUGCUGACUGAGGGUCACACGAGGCUAACAAACGAUCAGUGUGAAAAUGUUUCUAUCCGUUUUUGUCAGCUUAGCCAUUUAGGUGUUCUAUUUCUGAUACAGACAGAUUCGUUCCACCAUUUUCUUUUUUUAAAUAUUUGCCAAAAUGAAUCAGGACUUUUGUAAGUCUUCUUUAAUGGUUAUUCCCAUGACGCUCUUUUAAUAUUUUUAUUUGUAGAUAGGUAGGCUAUUGACAACUUAAGGUAGACACAAUUUAUUAUAUGUUGUGAAUGCAAAGAUAAGUCGUUAGUUUCAUGUAAUGAAUUUAAUAGAUCCGAUGAUUGUCUUGGAAAACAGGUAAAUUAUUAUAAAUUAUAAUAUAGUAGACAUCAUCGUUAUCAUUCUUAUACAAUAGUUGAUAGAGUUCAGUUUCAAUCUUACUAUAUUAAUAUGUAUAAACGUUGUUGUUAAUUAUAAUAUACACUAUACAAAAUUAUUAUA